UUAAUCGGUUAACUAAUUUAAGGAAUGAUUUCAUUUAGACAAUAGAUUGUGUUUAUAAUUAGAUUUGUCAUUUAAUUGCAAUUCUUAUAUUUUGUGUUUUCUUUUCUCGAUAUUUUAAUUGUUCCCUUCAAAUGUUACCAAGUUUGUUAAUUGUUUUCUCAUUUCUAUCAAAUAUUGUCUUUGCGACAACAGUGAUUUCACUAGAUUAUCAACAUGCUUGGAACCAAUUGGAAAACUUUACAAUUAACAAUUUAAACAAUUUAGCUGAUAAAUACGAAAAUGAAUUAAAAGUGAUCACCAAUCGGAAAUUUGUUACCAAUCUAUCAAUUGAUUGUUUAGAAUCGCUUAAUCACUGGGCUGAUGGAUUAAGAGCUGCAGAGGUUGAAUCAGUUAAAAGACUCGAUUCGUGGGGACGAAUUCCGUCCAGUAUACUAGAUGGAAGCCUCGUCAGUCUCGGUGGUUUCACCCAAUGCAUGUCUUCAACUACGAAUCGUUAUUGUUUGGCCUUCGCUAAUAUGCCGUUAAUGUCACCACAGCCGAUCGAGGGAAUACCUUUUGAUUAUCCACCCGAAGCAUUUAAUUUCUCAUCUCCAGUGUUUAAUUACCUUAAACCUUAUAUUCACUUUUUCCGUUAUUUAAAUGUGACCACUGGAAUAUGUGUUCCACGGGAAUGUUCAAAGAAAGAUCUUAAUUUACUAGCUAAUGGUUUAUCUGAUUACUAUUCAACUGGUCUUGUUAUCGAUGUUGAUAUGUGUCAAACCCGUGAACCUCAUAAUCCAAUAACUUGGCCUCAGACUAUAGCGGCCACUUUUGUGGGUUCAAUUGUCGCUGCUAAUCUAUUGGGACUGUGGGCACCUGAGGGUAGUUUUCUGUCACAAUUUAAUUUCUCUGCCAACUUGGUGAAACUGUUUUCCACUCGACCUCGUUCACCAGGACCGACAACCAUUCCCUGUCUUGACGGACUUAAAGCGUUAACAAUGGCCUUCAUGCUUUACAUUCACGUUUUCUUUACUCUUCUCUAUCAAAAUAUGACCACAUUCUUUCACACCCGUGAUCAGAUGACCCAACCCUUAUUUUCGUCGACUCUUCUUGGACCUUUUACCAUGGAGACAUUUUUCCUUCUCACCGGACUUGAGACCACAAUUCACUUUAUCCACAAUAAAACUCGACUCGAUGGUAAAACUUUUCUUUUCCUUAGAUGGAUGAGAUUCGUUCCGUUAAUCGCUUGGAUGAUCUGUCUCAGUAUUCUGGUGUUUAGUCAUCAUUUCCGUGAUUACAUGGGUGGACCCUAUUGGAAUUACUAUUAUGCCGCUGGUUCUAUCGCAUCGGUUUGCGAGAAAACCUGGUUAGGCCAUUUAUUUAUGGUCGCUCACUAUUUCGACGUCAAAGAAGACAUUAACCUCUGCCUAACCGCAGAUUGGUACUUAGAAGCGGAUUAUAUGUUUGCCGUUAUCUUUGUCAUCCUAAUUUUGCCCUUUAUCCAACGAAAACGCAAAUUAAUCGCCCUGAUUAACACGACCCUUUUGGUGCUUUUCGGAGCAAUUAUCUUGGGAGUAAUUAUGUCCAUCUUUGACCUCCAACACUCUUGGAUCCCGAUGGCUUAUCCACAGCAAAAGCUAAUGACCUAUUUGGUUUAUAUUCACUCUAAAGGUUGGGGUCAUAUGAGCUCCUAUUUCAUCGGUGUGAUACUUGGCCUGAUUAUGGGCGGAUAUCAACUCAAAGUGUCAAAGUUAAUCUCAUACUUUAUGUGGACACUUUGGUUUGCAUCAUGGGCGAUAAUUGUUGUCUACGAAUCGGCGAUUAAUUAUCGACUAUUUCCAAUUCCAUACGGAGUCUCGUUAACUUACGGAAUGUUCAGUAAAGCGAUUUGGUCUUACAUAAUCGCUUGGUUGAUCUACGCUUCGCACAACGGUCACACCAUUGAACUAAUCCCUCGAUUCCUUUCAUCUAAAGUGUUCACAAUUCUCUCGAGGAUUAAUCUUUCCGCUCUCUUCGUUAAUCCGAUUGUUUUUCAGCUUCGAAAUGCCACUUGGCACACCAACAUAGAGACAAAUCUAAUCGAUUUCACUUAUAAUGUGGUUUUCCCUCUUCUCUUUCUAAUUUAUGCUCUUUCGUUCUUCUUCUGUGCUUUGGUCGAGGUUCCGUUCGUCAAUAUAAUGAAAAGUGCGCUCAUGAAGGAAAAAGGGCCGAAAAUGUCACCACCAGUGAAAAAUGAUGUUCCUUUGGUGGAGGGAGUGAUGAUCGACAGGGAAUCCACUGCGUGAUUCAAUUGCUCAACGAAGGUGCCGGUCGAUUGAGCAAAUUUUAUGAUUUUUCCAUCUAAUUGACUCAAUCGACUUAUUCUAGUCUAAUAUGUAUUUCAAAUCAAACGAAGUUUAAAAUUACUUAAUAGUAAUAAUUAUCUUUCAGAUGAUUUAAUAGACAGGGGGAGAAAUGAGUUCGUAACAAACGCUGAUUUACAUUAUCAAUGACUUAACUGGUUAAUUGUUUAGCUCAAUUUUGUUUUUAUCAGCAAAAUGUUUUCCAUUUGCAUGAGAUGUAAUUUUUUCCGUUGUUUGUAUCAAAUUGACACAAAUAAAUAUAAUCCAAUAUUGGACAUUGGGAUUAUCGAAAAAUCAAUUUGGUUAAUGGAUAAAAACUGCUUAACUGA